UUGCCUUGCAGACGCGCAUCGGACAAGUUGUCAAUUGUUGUCAAGACGGUGGGCACUCGCUGAGGAAUUCGAAUCGAAUCGAAUUGAAUCAAAAAUACUUUCUGGGGCUCCACAUAAAUGCUGACGGCUGGUCAUGUCUUGGCCAAAACAAUGGGCCAACGCUAGCCUCUGGCUGCCUGUGCUGAUCGGGCUGCUCUACACACAAAAUGCAUCAGCUUUCAUUGUGCCACGGGAACUACCAUCCAUAUUAUCUAUAGUUUACUCCAAUAUACCACCGAUUAAAAAGGGAACUGAUUCCCGUUUGGGUUUUGGUUUUCGUCUGGGCGAGCAUGCUGACUUUCAAGUGAUGGUGGAACUUGGGCCCCAGAAGGAGACCCGACCAAUUGGCGAACCCAGCCAGGAUGAUCAAUCUUUCAACAAGCGCCAAGUAAGCCAAAAUGAUCAGAAGGCUCUGGCUAGGCAGCUUUACCGCCAGCAGGUGCAAGAGGAAGCCCAGAGAUUAAUGACCUCCACGGAGAGAAAUGGGGCCAGCUGGCUGGAAACAUGGUCGAAUGGCAUGAAACCACAAAAGUCGAAAUCAAAGGACCAGACAAAAAAGCCAGUGAAAGAAAGUUAUGUUGCCAAUCAACAGAUUCCGCAACCGCAAGAUCCCUCGAAUGCCAUGCAACAGCUUCAGUUGCUCUACAAGAUGGCCACCAGUUCCAGCACCACAUCCACCACAACAGAACCUCCAGUCUUCACAGGAGGUUCCCUUAACUUGGGUGGACCAAGUGGGUUUAAACUGCCGCCACCUGCUCUAAGUCAGGAUGAAAAUACAUUAAGCAAUCCUGGUCCUAUCAAGAGCAAAAGUGAGAUCACCAAGGAGCUAAUGGAUGUCAGUCUGGGGACGGACACUUAGGUUGUGCACUUAUCUAGUUACUAAUUAAACGCUAUAUACUUGUGUAUAUGGGUGCUUAGCAAAUCUGUGUGUAGUAUGGCUUAGCUAUUUCUUUGUAAAUAAACUUUUAAACUUAAUUUAAGUUAGUGGAAUAUUUCAACAAGCAGCCUAAAUGUAGGCAAUAAAAAGUUAACUGAAGUGGAGAUAAUGUCAAGUACAUAAAUGUAGAAUUGUGUUAAUGUAAAAUAAAUGUCGUUAAAUAAAAUGUGGUAAAAAUUAAAGAUU